AUUCAUUUCUCAUUUUCCUCUGUAGUGUCCAAACUAUAUUAUUUUUCUUGUUGUAAAUCACAUCAUCUUCAUACUUCAAUUUUUUUUUUAUAUGCAUGGGUGUUAAAGAUUAAUGUCUCCCGCUCUUUGUGAAAUCCUUCGUUCCGGUUUUAUGAUAAACUCCACACUUGUUCGCCGUAUUCAUCUUGUUCAAUCCUUUUCCGUUGUCUUCCUUUAUUGGUUUUACGUUUUCUCGGAAAUUAAUAACAUUAUUGUUUAGGUUUCCUAUAUUAGUUACAACUUUUAAACCUUCUUGUAUUCAAUUUUUGACUUAUAACUAGAUAUCCCGUGUAGCCCGAAUUGUAUCACGUCCCAUUAACCUAUAGAUCGUGAGUUUACAUUUAUAUAUUGUGUUUUCAUAAAGAAAAAGGGGAAAAUAAAGAUCAAAUGGCUUCUUCAAGUGGAAAUUCAUCUCAGAUCCAUCAGUCUGCAUCUGACGACGGACUGAUGGAUCAAAGAAAGAGAAAAAGAAUGGAAUCUAACCGCGAAUCAGCACGUAGAUCAAGGAUGAGAAAACAAAAACAUAUCGAUGAUUUGAUUGCUGAAUCAACCAAGAUCAAGAACGAUAACGAUCAGAUCAAAUCCACGAUCAAUCUUACAACUGAACAGACUACUAAAAUUGAAGCCGAAAAUUCCGUGUUGAGGGCUCAAGUAAAUGAACUUAGCCAAAGGUUGAACUCACUUAAUGAGAUUAUAAAUUAUAUGAACACAAAUACUAAUAGUACAACUAAUCAAUAUUGUAGUGGUGGUAGUACUACUAAUGGGUUGUUUGAGUUUGAUUACAUGGAGAAUCCAUGGAAUAUGAUGUAUGUCAAUCAACAACCAAUUAUGGCUUCAGCUGCAGAUAUGUUUGGGUACUAGUGACUCAAAUGAUAAUGAACUAAUGCUUACUAGUUGGGUUGUAUUAUUUGGUUUGUGGGGUUAAGUUUUUUUGGUUGUAACUUCUAUGGUUUUUGUGGGGUAUGCUUUUUACGAGUAUGUUAUUUGUGGGUUAUGAAUUAUUGUACCUAGGAUUAAUGUUUGUACUUUUAUUAAUGUUAUUUACUUAGUGGCUAAACUUGUUAUUAUUUCAA